CGGGGCUGACAAAAAGGGAGCCGCGCGGCUGCCUGACACGAUAAGCUGGAACGGGUGAGCGCAGCCCGACGACGCUGCCAGGCGCUGCCGAUCGCUCGGAUAUCGCAGCGAGGGGUGGCCGGGCGGGCGCGGGGUAGGGCGGGGGCGGGUCACAUUGCUGGUCGUCGGAGGGAGGUGCACAAUCUGGGGGGCUGUCAUCAAUGCGACGGUGUUUCGAAGAGAUCGCUGCGAGUGGCGCUGAGUUUCUUGCCGCUUUCUACCUGAGCUGAUGCCUGCUGCUGCUGCCUAGAGCUGCUUGGUGCUGCUUGGGGCUGCUAUAAGAGCGCGUCGACAGCGAGUGUCUCUCGCGGUCCUCAUUCGUGGGGUGCUGUCGUUCCAGUUUAGAGCCCGCUGGACGUACAGCCGGUGCUGGAAAUUGAUUUUGUGAAAAGCGAGCCUACCUCUAUCCAUCAUCGUCGCCCGUGGUGGCAGAUCUUCCGGAUUCCUCAUGCGGUAGAUGCCGACAUUUGCUUUCUUUUAGCUGGGUCUGCUGCCCGAUUUCAUCCUCAGCGGAUCGUGGUCGCUUUGAAGGUCGACAGUUAUGCCGCCACACGCCCCUGACUCCACAGGUCUUGGGCCCGAAGUUUUCCGCCUGCCUGAUGACGCGAUCCCGGCCCAGGAUCGCAGAUCUACACAGAAGAAAUACUCGCUUUCAGACGUCAGCAAGCACAACACUCCGAAUGAUUGCUGGCUCGUAAUUUGGGGGAAGGUGUACGAUGUUACUUCGUGGGUUAAGGUCCAUCCAGGUGGAAGUCUCAUCUUUGUGAAGGCGGGACAGGAUUCAACACAACUCUUUGAUUCUUAUCACCCCCUCUAUGUCAGAAAGCUACUUGCACAGUUCUGCAUUGGUGAACUCCAAACGAGUGCGGGAGAUGAGAAGUUCAAGUCUUCAACGUUGGAGUAUGCUGGUGAAGAACAUGAAGUAUUUUACCACACUCUCAAGCAGCGCGUGGAAACGUACUUCCGCAAGCAGAAGAUAAAUCCUCGAUACCAUCCGCAAAUGCUUGUGAAGUCAGCCGUGAUCAUUGGAACCCUUCUUCUCUGUUACUAUUUUGGCUUCUUCUGGUCUCAAAAUGUACUCCUCUCGAUGUUUCUGGCAAGCAUCAUGGGGUUCUGCACUGCGGAGGUGGGCAUGUCCAUCAUGCACGAUGGUAACCACGGAUCUUACACACAAUCUACCUUGCUUGGUUACGUCAUGGGCGCCACUCUUGAUCUGGUGGGAGCUAGCAGUUUCAUGUGGAGGCAGCAGCAUGUGGCCGGGCACCACUCGUUCACCAACAUCGACCAUUACGAUCCAGACAUUCGUGUGAAGGAUCCUGAUUUACGACGGGUUACUUCUCAACAACCCCGAAGAUGGUUUCACGAGUAUCAGCAUAUCUACUUAGGAGUACUCUAUGGCGUUCUUGCCUUAAAAAGUGUGUUGAUUGAUGAUUUCAGCGCCUUCUUCAGUGGUGCUAUCGGCCCAGUAAAGAUAGCUCAAAUGACACCACUCGAGAUGGGCGUCUUCUGGGGAGGGAAGGUUGUGUACGCACUGUACAUGUUUUUGCUCCCUAUGAUGUAUGGUCAAUACAACAUUCUUACUUUCAUUGGUCUCUACAUUCUCUCACAGUUAGUUGCAGGGUGGACUCUUGCCCUCUUCUUUCAAGUAGCACACGUUGUCGACGAUGCAGUAUUUCCCGUUGCGGAAACAGAUGGUGGAAAAGCAAAGAUUCCUUCUGGUUGGGCAGAAAUGCAGGUCAGAACCACUACCAAUUUCAGCUCACGAUCAAUGUUCUGGACACAUAUUAGUGGCGGUCUGAACCAUCAGAUCGAGCACCAUCUUUUCCCGGGUGUCUGUCAUGUUCACUACCCAAGCAUACAGCCAAUCGUGAAGGCUACCUGUGACGAGUUCAACGUGCCUUAUACUUCCUACCCCACUUUCUGGGCGGCCCUUAGGGCACAUUUUCAACAUCUGAAAAACGUCGGACUACAAGAUGGACUACGACUGGAUGGCUGAACUGUGACAGCAUGCUUUGGGCCUGCACUUUCAGAUUUCGGAUCGAAGGUGCGGGCGAUGGAAAUAAUCAGAUAAGAGUUGUAAGUAACGUUCAGGAGGAGAGCAGAACGGAUUGAUGAGUGUCCAUUUGUGAGGCUUCCACCUUUCAGGAACAGAAGUUGAUUCGAAUGCGAAACCUCCAAUGAGCAUUUCACAGCCGUCUUCUCCUUGGCCAUCAUGUGUUCCUCCUAGGGAGCUUCGGUUUUUGGAAGUUAGUCAGCUUACUUUCGAAGAUCGUUCAACGCUCAAGGCUAGAUUUUGUCGACACUAUUUAGUUAGGUCCGAUAGAUAGGUGAUAAGAUUCCGGUGCCCUCACACAUGUUUCAUCAGUUGCGAUGUAAUUCCAGUAAUCCACGUAUGUGGCUCCAGUGUCUGCUGAAAUCAGCACAGGCAGCUAUAUCAUGCUCCUUGAUCUCUUAAGCUUCGUCACUACAUUGCAUCUACACACGAAAUGCAGCGUGUUUAUCUGUAUGCCGUGGAUGUGUUGACAGUGUAGUGAUAUCUUGUUUUUGUUGGGAACAAAAUUUGUAACAUCAG